UUUUAGUUUCAUUGUGGAUUGCGAUAGGAACGGUUGUAUUUUGUUUUAAUAACGGAAAAUUAAUAACUGUUAUUUAAAACAUUAAAUACUAAAAGAAUAGUAGAAAAAUAAAAAUAAAAACCAAAUAUAUUUACGGUUAAAACGACGGGAUAAAAUUGGAUUUAUUAAGCCCGAACGAAUUUUUUAAGGUUAAUUUUGUUUUUUAAACCGUUAUUUUGUGAACAUUGAAUUUUUAUAUUUGUGCAUAUAAAAUUCAUAAAUUAAAAAUAAAAUUUUUUUGUUUUCAAUGAAUUUAAAUUAAAUUUUUUCUUUGUAUAAGAUUCACUUUUCAAAAUUGAAAUUUGAGUUAGUGAAUAAAUUAAUUUUAUAAGUUAUUAAUAUACAAGAAAAAAAAAUAAACUUGUUUUAAGUAGUAGAGUAUUUUUUUUAAGUGAAAAAGAAAAACAAAAAGAAAAAUAUUUAAAAUAACAAUAGAUUUAUAAAAAAAAGAAUAGAAAAAAGAAAAAAAAAUAAAUUAAAAUUUUUUUUUUUAAUAAUCAACAUUUAAAAAACAGGUAUAAAAAAAUUAUCAGAUUUUCUUCAAUUAAAAAAAAAAAUCAAACUGUGGAAAUGAAAUUUUUAUGGUCUGCGCUGAUAUUUGCAGCGCUACAUUGCAAUAUUAUUGUAUUUGGACAAGAAACAUAUAAUAGUGAAAAUGAUAAUUGUUGUGAAGAGUAUUGUUAUUCAAAAGAUCCGGAUAAAUCACAAACACGGCAAUAUGCAACAAAAACAGCUUAUGAUGUAGCAAAAGGUUCAGAUUCAAGUGUUAAUUAUAAAAUUGCUGGUUGUAUUCAAGAAAAAGUUUGGAUAAUGAUUCGGCAUGGUGCUAGAUGGCCAACUGUAAAAGAUAUUCAAGAAAUGAGAAAUCUUGAAGAUUUAAGAGUCGAAGUUAUCAGAAAUUAUGAGGAGAGAAAAACACAACCAAGCACUGGUGCAUUAUGUAUGGAUGAUAAAUUUUCAAUAAAAACUUGGAAAUUGAGUAAAAACUUAAGUACUGAUAGCUUUGCUGAAAAAUUAGCUCCUCAAGGUUAUCAAGAUAUGAAAUUGAUUGCAAGGAAUUAUAGAAGAUUUCUUCCAGAAAUAUUUGAACCCAUUGAUGAAAGAAAUUUUGAUUUUCGAUACACACCAACGCAAAGAACACAAGAAAGUUUUAAGGCAUUUGCAGAAGGUAUUUUACAAAGAGCACCAGAUGUUGGACCACAACCUGAAGUUGAUCCUGUUUUAAAUCCCUACGCUGGUUGUGAUCGUUGGGAAGAGCAAAAUAAAAAUGAUAAAUCGAAUAAUGCUUCCGAAUAUAAUAUAUUUAUAAAUUCCGAAAUCAUGAAAGAUACAGUUAGACGUAUUUCAAGACGACUUGGAUUCAAAUUUGCAUUGUCUAGAGCUCAAAUUGAUACGGUAUGGGAUAUGUGUAGAUUUGAACAAGCAUGGCAUCCAAAUCGUAAUAGUCCUUGGUGUGCUGCAUUUACACCAGAACACGUUACAGUUUUAGAAUACGCUGAAGAUUUAAGAAAUUAUUAUAAAGUUGGUUAUGGCAAUGAACUUAAUAGUCGGAUAGCAUGUUCUGCUGUGCAGGAUAUGGUUAGACAUUUAAAUAAUUCAAAUGAGCCACAUAUUGCUGCUUAUUUUACACAUUCAGCAAAUAUUCAAUUGUUAUUGACUGCUUUAGGCAUUGCAAAAGAUCGUGAUGCACUUAGAGCGAAUAAUUUUCAUGAUAUGAAAAAUAGAAAUUGGAAAUCAAGUGAACUGGCACCAUUUGCAUCAAAUUUUGCAGCUAUUAAAUAUAGUUGUGAGGGAGGAAAUGAAAAAAGAGUUAUGUUUGUUCUAAAUCAAAAAACAGUUGAUCUAGAUUGGUGUAAAGUUGGUUUGUGUAACUGGGGCGAUGCAUUAGUUACUUUGGAUAGAUUUACUAAAGCCGAUUGUAGUCAAUACUAUUGCAGUGAGAAUAGCAGUACAAAUAUUCAGUCAUCAUUUUUAGUUUUAAUUUUAACCUUAAUUAUUUAUUUUAUCAAUGGAUAUUAAAAUAAAAUGUAAAAGAUCAACAAUUUUUCAGUAAUUUAUAAAAUAAAAUAUAGUACUAAUUGAAAACAAAAAACUUUAAAAAUAAGAAAAAAAUG